AUGGCCGCCGUCCGCAUCGCACCCACGCGUGCCGCCCGCGCUACGAGCCUUCUGCGCACCAUCCAGUACACGCACCCGCCGAAUUGUCCCUGCCACAGCAACCCCGCUCAUCACCACCACCACCCGUCCUCGGCUCACCAGUUGCUCUCGUCGGCGCAGCAGUACGGCGCGCGUCACAAUGGCGGCGCCCGCCGCAGCUUCGCCACCCCACUUGACACGUCGCAACAGAAAGAGUAUGCUUUCGAGAUGGCUGCAAGCUCAAUUCGCUUCGGCCCGGGUUGCACCAAGGAGGUGGGCAUGGACUUCACCAACAUGGGCGCCAAGAAGGUCAUGGUCGUGACGGACAAGACGGUGCGGAAGCUGGACGCCAUGAAGCAGGUCCAGGAGGGCUUGGAGAAGGAGGGCAUCGCAUUCGAAGUCUUCGAUGGGACGAGGGUGGAGCCUAAGGAUAGCUCGAUAAAGGAGGCGAUUGCGUUCGCGAAGCCGUAUCAGGCCGAUGCUUUCCUGGCGGUAGGAGGCGGAUCCGUCAUUGACACGGCAAAGCUCAUGAACCUUUACACUUCCUUCCCGGAGGCUGAUUUCCUCGACUUCGUGAACGCCCCGCUCGGCCGCGGCAAGCCCAUCACCUCCAAGCUGAAGCCCCUCAUCGCCGUCCCCACGACCGCCGGAACCGGUUCAGAAACCACCGGCACCGCCAUCUUCGAUCUGGUCUCCAAAAAGGCCAAGACGGGCAUCGCGCACCGCAACCUCAAGCCCACCCUCGGCAUCUGCGACCCGAUAAACACGCGCACCAUGCCGUCAGCCGUCCACGCCUCCUCCGGCCUCGACGUGCUCUGCCACGCGCUGGAAUCCUGGACCGCAAUCCCGUACCACGAGCGGGUCCCGCGGCCGUCGAACCCGAUCAACCGGCCCGCGUACCAGGGCGCCAACCCCAUCUCCGACAUCUUCUCGCUCCAGGCGCUGCGCAGCACGGUCAAGUACCUCCCGCGCGCGGUGCGCGACCCGGACGACUGGGAGGCGCAGGAGCAGAUGCUGCUGGCCGCCACCCUCGCCGGCGUCGGCUUCGGCAACGCCGGCGUGCACCUCUGCCACGGCAUGAGCUACCCCAUCUCGGGCCAGAACCCGUCGGGCUACCGCCACGCCGGCUACCAGGUCGACGCGCCCAUCAUCCCGCACGGCGUCUCCGUCGCCGUCACCGCCCCCGCCGUCUUCCGCUUCACCGGCGCCUCCAACCCCGAGCGCCACCUCGCCGCCGCCGAGGCGUUCGGCGUCGACGUGAGCAACGUCAAGCGCGAGAACGCGGGAGAGGUGCUGGCGGACGCGCUGGCCGAGUUCCUCGUCGGCUUGGGCGAUCAGCCGCGCGGGCUGAAGGCGCUGGGGUUCGCGAGGGGGGACGUCGAUGCGUUGGUGGAGGGGACCAUUCCGCAGGCGCGCGUGCUGAUGCUGGCGCCGAGCUUGGAGAUGAGCGAGGUGGAGAGGGAGAGGGAGCAGUUGAGGGGGUUGUUUGAGGAGGCGAUGGAGUAUUGA